AUGGCCGGUUACUCUGAGGAGGGCCUGGGUUCAAGCCUUGGUUGGGUGGAUGCCGUUGUCAGAGGAGAGAUGACAGAGGAGGCCAGUGAUGAUGGCGAUGUGGUGGUUAACUUAUCCUCAUCCUCCGACCACAUUGCUGCCAGGAAGUCAGACUGGGAGAUGUCUGCGUCUUAUAAGGCCCUCCGGAAGAGCUUUGCCGCGCCGUCGAAAGCCGGCUACAACGGCUCUUUUCCGGCCUUCCGUGGCUGCUUGGUUCGCUUCCCCCGACCAUGCAGGCCUUUCUCCGGAACACACCACACCUUCUCCAAGCCACUACUGCAUCGCUGCCCGACCCGCUGGAUGUGGUUUUGCCCGACCCGUCGGAGUCGUCUGCGGGGAGGAAACGCUGAUCACGCCGCCGGCGCGUCACCCCACAGACGGACUUUGGGACUUCUGAAUCGCUGGCUGUGGGUCACUUUUGACUGCCAUGAGUUGCUUCACCUGUUCCCUACCAGCAUGUCCAGCGAUUUAGCUGAAAACAUUGGAAGAGCCGUUUUGUCGGCCAUCCAACGAUUCAGCGGUAGUGCACCCUCAACCUCACAAACGCCGCAGCACUUGGAAUCCAGCAAUGCACCUGGACCAAGUACACCUGCCGUCUCCACUGGGAUACCGUACCGCUCGGAUGGUUACCAAGGAAGGCUUCAGAUUUCCAAAGAGGAAUUGCAAAAUGUUCUUUCCCUGAAAACAUCUUUUACUGAAGCUGCAUCUAUCCCACUCUGUAUAAGUUACUGCAAGACUAUAAUAUCUCAGUGUCAAAAUUCAAUGUAAUCAGUGACCAUGAGUUAGAUCAGAUCAGUUUCUUCAGUGCUCCAGCAAUAAUCGAGCUGAGACUGCGAAAGCUCUCUUUACUGCAGCUGUUGGACAAUUUGGCAGACCCCUGCAUAUCAGGACUGAUCAUGGAGGAGAGAAUGCUCAGAUUUGGGAGGACAUGCGAGCAAGCAGGGGUGAAAGCUCUGUCUUAAUGGGAAGUUCUGUGCACAACCAGAGGAUUGAGCGUUUCAACCGAGACUUAAACAAUAACUGUAGCCGCAUUUAUGCACCUAUAUUUUAUGAAUUGGAAUCACUUGGUAUCCUAGAUGUGGCAGGAUGAAUGUUAUUCCUUGGUUUAACCCACUUUCAGCCUGGCGCAUUAGGGGGCGCUAGUAUAAAUAGUGGCCAUUUGAGUGUCCCUGGAUCGCUUACCUGUGAGCUCCUUUUUGGUCACCUGACUUCCCUUUGGUGUUGCCGAGAUUAUUUGCGGGUUACACUUCUGAAGCCUCCAUCGCGGCUGGUAGGUGUUUACUCAUUGUAGUGUGUACAUUACCUUACUUGGUGGUAAACGGCUAUUGUUUGUAGGUCGUAGCUGUAGAAGCCUCCGUUGAGCCAUUCUGCUCAUGUUUUAUGACGCGGCUUACUCGGAAGUGUGGGCCUUAGUUUUACGCCACGCUACGCGAACUGAAGUGCUGCUGUUUUGUUUUGCUUUACUUUUACUGUCUGUUCCGGCUGCGAGGUUUCUUUCCUACUGCUGCCAGCCUUUAAAGUGGACGUCUGCGUGGACAACGGCCAUAUGCAUGCCACGGGAGUCAGCUGGCGUGCAUAUUGAUUGACUGACUGGAAGAUUAACUUAUAGUCGGGCAGACGGCCAGUUGGAGUACUACGGCGAUUCCGUCUGCUCCAUAUUUUAAAGUUUUAUUUAGGCUGUAUGUUUGUUCUUUUUGUUGUUGUUUUGAUUUGUAGUUUGGGUUUUUGUUACACCACUGGUAGGAGGCCCUUUUUCUAGCUGCGGAUCACCAGUGUGUUCCUGCAGUUGGGUUAUCCCCAGCGUGUGAAUAUUAGUUUUGUUGUAAUAUAUUAAAUUUUCUUUGUUUCUUUUAUUCACAUGCGGAGUGCUGACGUGGAGGAGACUAGGGUGCCUUGGUGGUGGGAUCCUCUGAGUGUACACACCUGCCUUUUCUUAGUUUAUUAGCGUGAGUGUGUGAUAGUUUGCUGCACUUGUGUCUUGGUGUGUUUUCUUUUCUGUUUUUUUGAGUUUGUGCGUGGCAUCCCUGCCCCUCCACUGGUAAGCCUCGGCUCUGGAUACCUUUUUUUUUUUUUUUUUUUUUUUACGCCUAUUUAUACACUGAUAUUUAGGACUGUGCUUUUAUGUUGUUUUAAUUAAUAAAUUGUUAACUUAUUUUAUCAUUGAACCUCGUCUCUGUACGGAGUAUAACAAACCUAACUGCCUUUUUGGUGAUUAGUGUUACCUCCAGUAUUCUCUGGGUGAAAUUCCCAGGGUGGCGUUGUCUUGUAAACUGUGAAGCGCAUUUACUUUAUUUCCACCUCGUGCUGCCACAUAGACUUAGAAAAUGCAACAGACCUAUUUUGCCUUCAUUAUGUGUUUCUACCACGAAUCAACCACACUUUGAAGGAAUUCAAAGCUGGAUAUAACAAUCACUCUGUUUCCACUGAAGGUAAUAGAACUCCCAUCCAGCUUUUUGCCUGCGGAACUCAUGUGUUUCAUCGUCACAACCCAGAACUUUCUACAGCAGAGGUCUCCAUACCCUCCUUGUCAAACUCUCAAAGUAGGUUUGUCCCAUUAAAUGACAGCGAUUUGCAAGAGCUAUAUACAAGCAUUCACCCUUUUGAAGAAGACAACAAUAAUGGUAAAACAUUGUUUCAACGAACACAGCAGUAUAUUUUUAACAAACUUGUAAAUGUGUGACCUCAACCACAGGAUACCAGUGAUGUUCCAAAGAGUGAUGACACUUAGUAUUCUUAAAUGCUGUACAGCAAAUGUGUUUUUUGUACUACUGCAGAAGCCCCCUCCCCUCUAGCAGUGAUACCUCCUGCCGCAUAAGGACUCAAAGUUAAUGACUGAUAGUGACUCAUAGGCUAUUCAGAAGGCUACAACUACAUUUGGUUUAUGGGUAAAAACAGUUAUUCAAAUUGCAGUAAAGCCAUCAAAUUCACACUUAACAGUGUAAUACAAUAGUAUUAGUAUAACAGUGAAAAUUAUCAACAUGGAACAGUCAGUCUUUAAAUCAAUUCACAAGAUUAUCUACAGUAUUGUGCUAAUCAUUUUAAAGUUGCAAUAGUCUUAAUAAAUGUUGCUGUUAGAUGUCCAAGUAAUCCUGGCUUGUUCUACAAAGCAUGUUUAGUAUACUCUGUGCAUAAACUGUUUUGAAAUGUCCUUGUUUAAAAAAAGAAAAAGCUUAAUAAAAUUAUUAAUUGUAUUACACCAGUGACUUUAUUGAUUUGUUGUUGAAAAUACAGAGUUAGCAUUUUCAUAAAUCUAUUGAAGCUUUGAAAAUUAUUACAUUUCAACAUUAAAUGCAGUCAGAAUUUAUUUCAACUAUCUUGUAUGAAGCAAAGUUACUUGAAACUACAAUUAAUGAACAGGAUUAGAGUUAACAAACCCACCAUUUUAAUUUCACUUUUUUGGAACAUGUUUAGAUGGUGCUGAAUAAAGCUCCAUUCAUGAGUGCUACUAAGAAGCAGUAAUGAAAAGCAUCAUCAUCAGCCAUUGAUGUUUCAUUCACAAAAAGCAGAAGCUCAUUUGCACAUGUGUGUGCAAUCGGGAGAUGUUUGCUUUCAUCGUGAAUGAAUGUUAUUUUAGGAGCUGGUUGAAAACCUAUGGCUGCUGCUCCCGGUGGCAAAAGCCAAGAUGUGACUAGGCCUCAAAAGCCUUCACAAAUGCCUCUUCAUCCUUGGUAAGAGUCCUUUCUCCAAGUGCGUCUCUCAGCU